UCCCCGAGUGCUGCCGCACAACCAACGCAUCUCUCGUGCUGCUCCUCGCCGACGCCAUGAUCCACAACGUCGACCAGAAGACGCCGGUGGUGCGGCUGACGCACCCGAACCUGCGCAAUGGGGGCUCGCUCGAGGUGGCGCAGCACGCUGCUGGCUCGGCGGGCUUCCGGCCCGACACCUCUUCGGUCCUGUGGGCUUGUGGCAGACACCUGGCCAGCCACCUCUGCGAGGCGCCCGAGCUCAUCCAGGGCAAGCGCUGCAUUGAGCUAGGCGCAGGAAUCGGCCUCACUGGCAUCGCUGCAGCGGCGCUCGGCGCGUCCGAGGUCGUGCUGACUGACGUGCCGGCCGCGAUGUCGCUUCUGCGCGCCAACGCCGCUGCCGCCAGUGCCUCGCACGAGGGGUGUCGCCUGAUCGCACAGGAGCUGCUCUGGGGAGAGCAGGCGCACAUCGAGCAGGCGCUCAGCCGCGGCGCGUACGAGGUGGUGCUCGGCGCCGACAUUCUCUACUUUCAGAGCAAAGAGGACGUGGUGAAGCUCGUGGCGACGAUGGACGGGCUGCUGGCCGCGGGCGGCGCGGUGCUGUUGGCGUAUGAGUGGCGCGAGGACUGGGAGACGACGGACGCCUUCCACUGCGAGUGCGCCGCGCGCGGGCUGCACUCGGAGCAGCGGCCACUGCGGGGCCCCCUGGGGGAGGUCGACGAGGACGAGGCGGUGCUACUCUUCGUCAGCCGGGGCGGCUCGGACGCCACCGCCGCCAUUUUUUGAAACCACAAGUCGUGCAUUCUUUGUGUGUUUGACACAUAUGACCCAAACGUAUACGCAGUACAUGUGAU